UAUUUAAAUAUUGAAAUGGAUAAAUGGAAAUUUAAAUCAAACUUCAAUAGUUUGAAAGUAGACAUUAUAUCUUAUGAGAAAAUUUUUGCAAGUAAAUUCACAAUGAAUAAAAUUAUUAUAGCACUUACUCUUACAACGCUACCCGUAAUAUUGGCCGGAGGUAAACUAAUUAUUUGUAUACAAAUACGGCAUAAAAAGUCAUCUGAAUAUUUUGAUGAAUAUUCAUGGGCUAGCCCGUACAUACAGCCUGGUUUAUCAAAAGAAGAUGAACUUAUCCGUAUUAUACAAGGUGUUUCUAAACGUCCUUCAUUAAUUUCUUGUAACGAAAUAGCUGCACGUUAUAUUUAUCUUAUUCCUGAUCAAUAUGCAGAUAAGCAAUUAAUAAAAGACGUUGGUAAUAUUCUCUCACGCAAGAAAACUUUGCAGAGUAAAGUAUAUAAUAUAUUUCAAGAACUUGAAACUACAAUUAACACGCCAGAAGAUGAAGAUGCUUUGAGACCGAAAUAUUUAAAAAAUAUUCUCAAUAAAUAUGAAAAAAUUAUGUUAAUAAAUUAUUACAACCGACAAAGAGUGAUUCCUAAGGAACAAUUUUAUUUCCGAAAUCAAUUUCUUAAUCAAUUCUUAGAAAAUAAUAAUAACUAAUAUUAAUAUAAUAAAUUAUUAUAAAUAAAAUCAUAAUAAUGUGAUUGUGUUUCAAUUAAUUUUGAUUUUAUAAUAAAAAUAUGUAAGAUUUUA